AUGAUCCGUAUACGCCGAUAUCGAUUGUUCCUCCUGGUGGCUCUGCUGGCAGUAGUCACUGUGUACCACCUAUCCCGAGUGCCUGGCUGGGAUGGCUCAGCAUUAGAGGGUCUGAUAGGGUUCAAGCCCAGCACCGGCAAGACCACCACCUCCGACGCGCAGUCAAUACCACACCCACCUCCACCCGAUUCUACACCAGAAAAAGAGACACAACCUGCUGCAGACCCAGUAGCUGCAGUCCCCCCGGCGGUUGAGCCCCACUCUGCGACGGUUUCACAGGCCUCCGAGACGUCCGCGACAUCGUCUAUUAGUACCUCCGCAAACUCCGCACCCACAAUCACAGGAGAUGAGCUCCUUACCAAACAACCGAGCUUUGAGGAGGAUUUCGGCGAGCAUGGUCAGGGCCGUUAUGAUGUUGCCCCGCGGCCAUCGGACCAUCCAAGAGCAUAUUGGAAACAACAGACGGAACACUUCCCCGUGCCGUCCGAAAGCUUGAUACCUCUACCAACAGGUGAGCCAAAGGCUCUUCCCAAGGUGCAGUACAGCUUUGGUCGCGAGUCAUCAUCUAAAAAGGCCGAUCGGUUGCGCAGGCAGACGGCGGUUCGCGAAUCGUUUAGACAUGCUUGGAACGGAUAUAAAAACUACUCCCUGCCGCAUGAUGAGCUCAAACCUCUGUCGAAAGGAGUCGCGGACCCUUUCAAUGGCUGGGGAGCCACAAUGGUGGACUCUCUGGACUCGCUUUGGAUCAUGGGGCUACGCGACGAAUUUGAAGAAGCCGUCCAGAUGGUUGGCCAGAUUGACUUCAAGACAUCUCCCCGGAAGGACAUCCCUUUGUUUGAAACUACCAUCCGCUACCUCGGUGGACUGAUUGCCGCCUAUGAUCUGAGCUCCGCAAAGUACCCGGUCUUGCUGGACAAGGCGGUUGAACUGGCCGACAUCCUUAUGGGCGCCUUCGACACGCCCAACAGAAUGCCGCUGACGUACUACAACUGGGCCCCAUCCUACUCCUCGCAACCGCAUAGGGCCGGGGCACAUACGGUGCUGGCAGAGUUAGGAUCGCUGUCUGUCGAGUUCACGCGCCUCGCCCAGAUCACCCGGGAGGAUAAGUACUACGAUGCCAUUGCACGUAUCACUAAUGCCCUGGAGAAAUGGCAGAAGGAGACUACUCUUCCGGGACUGUGGCCCCUACGGGUCGAUACUUCUGGCUGUCGGAAGCCGGAGGUCGUCCGCCAUGCUGCUGAUACAGAUGAAGAGCCUCCCUCCGUGGUAGCGAUCAGCAAGGCUGAGGAGGAAGCCAAAGUGGCUUCCGACGUAGCCAACACCGGGCCAGGCUCGAGGUCUCGGGUGAGACGACAAGACCCUGCCAACCCACAAGCAGAGGGCGCUCCCAAGAAGGAGCUUGUCGACGAACUAGGCGGCAAGGUUGUGCCAGUGUCCAACGAGCACUGGAGCGGUGACUACGCAAGCGUGAAUUGUGAACCGCAAGGGUUGAGCACCGAACCUCACUCUACUACCCACACGUACGGGAUUGGGGCCAUGGCCGACUCCACCUAUGAGUAUCUGCCGAAAGAAUACGCACUCCUUGGUGGUCUGAAUUCACAAUAUAAGACCAUGUAUCUGGAUUCCAUGAACGUCGUUCGAGAGCAACUACUGUAUCGGCCCAUGACGGAGGGGGACCACGACAUCCGCUUCGUGGCCAAGCAGAGCAUCUCUCCAAAAGCAACAAUGUCGUCGAAAAAGAAUGUGACCAAAUAUGAGGGGACCCAUCUGGGAUGUUUUGCCGGAGGUAUGUUUGCGCUGGGCGCCAAAUUGUUUGAUCUUCCCGAAGACAUGCACCUGGCCGAGAAGCUCACGGAAAGUUGUGUCUGGGCGUAUGGAUCGACGGCGGUGGGCAUCAUGCCAGAAGAAUUCGAGCUCGUGCCCUGCGACAGUGUCACUACCUGUCCAUGGAACAAGACGAGAUGGCACGAGGCACUGGAUCCUCGUCGCGAAGAGAGAUUCCGAGCGGUGGAGGCAUACAACCUGGAACAGCAGAGGCUAAGCGAGGAGUUCGUUUCCAAUGUUGGGGACGACGAGGAUGGUGAGGAGCCAGUCGAUCCAGCAGAACCGGUCUCGGAACCGUUCGUUCCUAAGGUGCCUCUGUCACAUGAGAAAUAUGUGGCCGCAAGGAUUUCAGAGGAACGCCUCCCGCCUGGAUACACCAACAUCCGGGCCCGGGAUUAUCGCCUACGUCCUGAGGCGAUUGAAUCAGUCUUCAUUCUGUAUCGCAUGACUGGCGAUGAGAGUUGGAGAGAGAAAGGCUGGACCAUGUUCGAAGCGGUCGACCAGGCGACCAAAACCGAGAUCGCCAAUGCCGCCAUCGAGGACGUGACCAGCCAGCUGAUGAAACAGGUUGAUACCAUGGAGUCUUUCUGGCUGGCCGAGACGUUGAAAUAUUACUAUCUGUUGUUCAGCGAGCCGGACCUGAUCAGUCUGGACGAUUAUGUUUUGAAUACCGAAGCGCAUCCCUUUAAACGACCCAAGUGA